AUGUUUAAAACCAAUUUAGCUAUGAUUCUUUAACUUGAGAGACAACUAGAAAUACAAUUAAUGCGUUAUGAUUUAUAACACUAUGAAACUCAUAAGUUAUUACUUCAUUAUGUUAACCUAGCAAGUUCUUUUGCAGAUACAUAAUCAAUUCAUUAAUCAAUUGAUACUCUAACUAAAGGUAUAUCUUAGAAAUUAUAUUUAAAGCUUAUAAAAAACUAUUUCCUUAAAAUAAAUCUAUAACAUCUUAAUUUUCAAAUUAACAUUGGAGAUUAUUGAUAGUUAUUGCUAUAAAAUUAAGUAAAUCUUUAGAAAUUGAUGGACAGUUGCAAUAAGGAUUAAAUAUUUUGAUAUAGCUAGAAUUGCUAAUUAAAUAAAAUAAAAAAAGUCUUGAAUGGGCGAAUUAAGUAAAUCUCUAAGAAUUGUACUAUAUUAUUGCAAAAUUUUGGGAUAAAUUAUAAAAUAAAGAAAAAAAAUACUAUGCAGCUAACGAAUGCAUAUUGUUAAUCAAAAGUUAAAAAGGUAGUAAUCAUUCAAAGAAUCAAUUAAAAAUGCUUAUUUAAAUGUUAGAAUUUCAAAUAGAGACCAAAAACUCUAUCAAUAAUCAAAUUUUAUUAUAUUCAGAGAUUUAUAAAUAUUAAAAGUAACUUCUAGGAGAUGAAAAUUAGGAAACUUAAAAAACUUUAUUCAGAAUAAAAUAAAUAAAAUAAUAAAUACUAUUUGAAUUAGAAAUCGAAGAUCUUAGUAAGAUUGAGUUUACAAAAUCUAUUUCUAAACAAGAAUCCUUCAAAUUAAUUAAAGAUAAAAUUAAGCCAAGUGUACAAAUUAAAAAAAAUACAGAUUUAUAAAAUUUGAUUAAACCCUCCUAAAUUAAACAAUAUUAAAGAAGAAGUUCAUUUCAUUCGAUAAAUAGAAAUAAUUCAUAAUCAUAAACAUCCUUUUAAAAUAACUAUAAUUUCAGAAACAGUGUUGAAAAUUUGAAAAAGUUAAAUGAUUAAACAACUAAUACAAAACUAAAUUCAAGAACUUUGAGUUAAGGAGAAAAUCAGUUUUAUUAUUUUAUGAAUUGCAAUAACCAAGAGUAAAUUUAAUUCUAACUUUAGAGAGAGAAAUAAAACUGAUAUGACUUAAUUUUAAACUAUUCACAGCAAAAAUCCAAAUUAACCUAUUUCAUCUUGUUUCAUCAAUAGAUAAAAUUAAACCUAAUCGAAUUUAGAUGAUAAAAAUUUUAAUAUAGACUAAAAUAUUUAAAUAUUAAAUUUAAUGCUUUAAAGGCCAAAAAUGAAAAUUAAUUAAUAAAAUUAAAUUAAGCAUUCACAAUAUUUAAACUUACUUAAUUCAUCAAAAAAUAAAACAUCUUCAUUUAGUGUUCAUCCUAUAGAUGAUCCUUUGAAAAAGAUUUUGAAAAAAAUAAAUACAUAAGAGUUUAAUAAUUCAAGAAAAAAUCAAUAAGUAAUAGCUUUCGAUUUGAGCACUAAAAAAUCUAAUUAAGUAAUAGAAACGAUACAUUAGCUCACUUCUAAAAAAUCUAUAAAUAUUUUAGGUAUUUAGAAUUUUAUUAUAAUUUUGCAGGUGAUCUUAUCAUAUAAUAAAAUUAAUUUGAAUAUUAUGAAAAUAAUAUGGAUAAAAUUUUAAGAAUAUAAAGAUAUGUUAAACGGAAAAUUGACUCAAUUAGAAUAAAAAAUGAUUUAAUUUCCAAAAAUAAAGAAGAUAAUGAAGAAAAAAUGUCCGAAAAACCUUCAGAAACUGUAGUAUAACCUAAGAUUUUUCGAAAUGUAAUUAGACGUAGUCUGACUUCAUCAGUAGAGUCAUUAAAAUUUAAUCAUAGAAAAGAAGCUUUUUUAUAACCAAAAAAAUUUUAGAUGAAAUCAAAAGAUUUCUCUUUUUAUAGUUAAGCUAGCAGCAAUUUAAUGAAUAUAAAAUCUGAAAGUGAAAUAUAUGAAAAGUAAUAAUGAUUAUGUUAUUCUUAGAGAAAAAACCCAAGAGUCAUAAUAAUAUCAAAAAGUACUUGAAAUUUUAAAUUCUGGAUUUGAAUAUAAAGUUUAAGGAGAAUGUAAUUUUUUUUGUUCAGAUCAAUCUGAUUAGAUAUUAAGAUUCAUAGGAUUUAAGACAAAAAUAAUGAAUAAUCAAUUAGUUUUUAGUUUCACAAUUGAAAAAUUAAUCAGAUCUUAUUAAAUCUAUUUGCCAAUUUAAUUUGUCUCUUAACAUUGGCUUUCUUUAAGUUAAUUUGAUAGCCUUUCUUUUUGCUAAUCUCAAUUGGAAGAAUUUAUAGAACAAAAUCUAACAAAAAUUUCACAAGCUUCUUUUAUUUUAAUGUAUAAGGGUGAUAAUUUUGAUGAAAAUUUGGCAUCUAUAAUAUAAUUAUUUUCUAUCAUAAUGGUCAAUACUUGUGAGUAGACAAAAAUUAUUGGUAAGAAAUUAUAUUUUACAAAUAAACUUUAAGUAAAAUAUAGCAGGAAAUUAUUAUAAUCAUAUUACCAAAAAUAAAGAUCAGAAAAGAGACAGUAUUAUUUUAAACCUUAAAAUUUGUUGACAGAUGAUUUUAGUAUGAAGAUUACUUUGAGAGUUAGUUAAACUGACCUAAAUGUUAGGGAAUCAAUUGAAAAUUGUUCUUAAAAAAUGGAGGAAAAAAUUUAAAAUGGUAAUGCAAUUUACACAAUAAAAACAAAUCCUAUUUUCGAAUCAGUAGAAGAUAAUAAACCAGUAGGUGAAUUAAUCUUACUUGAAGAGCCUCAAAUAUCAUGUCGAUAAAUGCUUGAUGUUUCUAUAAGGGAUCCUGAAAUAAAUUAAAUUUAGUUGAAAGCUGUAAAUAUUCCAAAAAAUUUACAAUAAAACUAAAAUUAGGAGAUAUAACGUUUUAGUCCGUAAUUAUUGUCUAUUUCAAAAAUAAAAUAUCCAUAAAGAAAUUAAUCUGCAUUUAUUCCAACUAGUUAAAAAAAAAAAGAUUCAUAAGUAUUGGAACCUGGAUCAUUUUAGAGAAAAGUUACUAAAAAUCACUAAACUUCUGUUUAAUUUGUUGAAGAAUCACCCUCUAGUUAAUCAUAAAAAUCAAUGGUUUCAUUAAAUAAUUAGUCAAAAUAUUUAGAUCUAUAAUUUCCAUCUUUAUCCUAAAGUGCUUCAUUAAGUUUUUAACCACCUUUAACUUCUUUUCAUAAAAAAAAUGUUGCAAAUAUCUCUUCCUCAUAAUAAGGUAUUUUCUCUUCUGGCCAUAAUCUAUUAGAUACUCAAAUAAAUUUAAUUGGAAAUGAAUUAUUUGAUACUGAUGCUCUAAAAAUCAUCGAUCUUAUACCUGAAUAUGAAAAUGAAUUAGAUUAAAAAUUUAUAACUGUUUUCAAAAAAUGUGAUGAUUUUACAGUUUCAUCUAAGUGGAAAAAAACAAGAAAAGUUAGAAUUUAAAAUUUUGAUUUUGAAUAUUUCUGGAAUUAAUCCAAAUAUGAAAAAUAAAUAUUUAAGUCGAUAUACAACAAUCCUUUUAAUUUAUGUGAAAUAAUUUUAAUAGGAAUAAUAAAAAUUGAAAAAUAUUAUUUUAUUGUAAGUGUAAGCUAAAUUUUAAAGGAGAAUAUUGAGUUAUUUAAUCAAUAGGUGAUGAACAUGAAAGAUUUAGUAAAAAUUUAAAUUACUUUUGAAUUAAUAUUUCCUUAUGAUAAUGUUUGGAAAGAUUAAGCUAAUUUUACAUUUAAAGAAUUUAUUAAAUGGUUUGUUCCAGAUUUUGAAUUAUCGCUAUAUGUUUAAAAAUUUGGAUUAAGUCAAUUACAAAAAAUUUCUGCUCUUAAAUAUUUGAGUCGAUUCGCUCAUAUUAAGGAUUCAAAACUAAAAUUUGAAUUUUAUGAAGAAUAAAAAAAUAGAUCUAUCAUAAAAAAUAUUUAGAGAAGAACUUUAGAAAUCUAAAGAAUUGAAGUUAUCGAAAGUAUUUUUUUAAGAGAUAAAAUUGAUAUUAGUUACUUUUCAAAUUUAGGAUUAGAAUAGUUAUAUUAAGAUUUGUUAAAAGAUAGAGAAAAAAACAAUUUUAAAUAAAAAAAAAGAGACAUUAGAUAUUAAGCUUUCUUAUAAUUAACAAAUCCUAGUAAACUUGAUCCAAUAACUUAAAUUCCAAAAUUUAUUGGUCUAGAUUACGAAGGCGAAUUUGAAGAAAAAACUAUUUAGAUGCCAAAUUAUAAGGAAUUGAAAUUAUUGCAAUAAUAUAAUACAUUAGUUUUAAAAAAUCAAAAAAAAUAAAUAUUUAGACAUUAUUUAACUUACUAUAUAUGGAAUAAUGGAUAUUUAAAAAUUUGGAGACCAUUCCAAAGGAAAAUAUGGUAAUAAAUCUAAAUACAAAACAAAGAAAAAUUACUUAAUACUAUUUAAUGUAGGUUAAGAAAUUAUUUCUUAAAUUAAUUGAUUUGCAAGACUUUAAGUUUAAAUGGGAAGAAACUUAUGUAAAAAUAAUACUUUAAAUAAGAUUAAUAUUGUAAUGAUCAAAACUUGCUUUAUAAUUAUUUUUAAUUAGUAUAAUUUACUAAUUAACAAUUUUACUAAUUCUUAACUAUAUUGUAUUAUCAAUUAUUUAAAAGUGAUCAAUUUAAAAAUUUUUGGGAUUCUUUUUUUAUUUAAUAUAAAAAAUUAUCACACAGUAAAAUAGCUUAAUUAGGAUAUUGUUUAUUAGAAAUCACAAUAUUUUUUGAUAAACCUAAGGGUAUAUUAAAGCAACUAAGAAGAAGAUAUAUUUUGAUUAAAGUAAACCUUUUCUGUAAAAAAAAUAUGAAAACUAAAAUGUAUAAAUUAAUAUUAACCCUUGAAGAUUUAUAAAAUACUUUAAAUAAAUUGUAUGAUGUAAAUCACUAUAAUAUCAUUGAAAUCUUGUUUAAUGAUAUUUAGAUAUUAAUUUGUAACCACCUUUGUUAUGAAAGGUUUAUAAAUUCAAGGCAUGCAAUUAUAAUUAUUAGAAAUAUCAAAUAAGGCAAAACUCUAAAAUUUAUAAAUUCAUUACCAUGGGUUUUGAAUUUUAACUAUGACAAUCUUGAUGUAACUCCAUAUCCUAAAAAAUUUUAAUUAUUCUAUCAAGAAGUAAUUUGUUCAAGAUUAAUCUAUAAUAUGAUAUAAUUUAUUUAGUUACCUUUUUGUAUUGUAAAUAGAUAUCAAUAUAAUAAGAUUUAUUUAUAAUAAAGUAGAAUUCCUUGUAUAAUAAUUAUUGAAGAAUUUCAAGAUAUUAAAACUUAUCUUUUAUAGNGCGAAUUUGAAGAAAAAACUAUUUAGAUGCCAAAUUAUAAGGAAUUGAAAUUAUUGCAAUAAUAUAAUACAUUAGUUUUAAAAAAUCAAAAAAAAUAAAUAUUUAGACAUUAUUUAACUUACUAUAUAUGGAAUAAUGGAUAUUUAAAAAUUUGGAGACCAUUCCAAAGGAAAAUAUGGUAAUAAAUCUAAAUACAAAACAAAGAAAAAUUACUUAAUACUAUUUAAUGUAGGUUAAGAAAUUAUUUCUUAAAUUAAUUGAUUUGCAAGACUUUAAGUUUAAAUGGGAAGAAACUUAUGUAAAAAUAAUACUUUAAAUAAGAUUAAUAUUGUAAUGAUCAAAACUUGCUUUAUAAUUAUUUUUAAUUAGUAUAAUUUACUAAUUAACAAUUUUACUAAUUCUUAACUAUAUUGUAUUAUCAAUUAUUUAAAAGUGAUCAAUUUAAAAAUUUUUGGGAUUCUUUUUUUAUUUAAUAUAAAAAAUUAUCACACAGUAAAAUAGCUUAAUUAGGAUAUUGUUUAUUAGAAAUCACAAUAUUUUUUGAUAAACCUAAGGGUAUAUUAAAGCAACUAAGAAGAAGAUAUAUUUUGAUUAAAGUAAACCUUUUCUGUAAAAAAAAUAUGAAAACUAAAAUGUAUAAAUUAAUAUUAACCCUUGAAGAUUUAUAAAAUACUUUAAAUAAAUUGUAUGAUGUAAAUCACUAUAAUAUCAUUGAAAUCUUGUUUAAUGAUAUUUAGAUAUUAAUUUGUAACCACCUUUGUUAUGAAAGGUUUAUAAAUUCAAGGCAUGCAAUUAUAAUUAUUAGAAAUAUCAAAUAAGGCAAAACUCUAAAAUUUAUAAAUUCAUUACCAUGGGUUUUGAAUUUUAACUAUGACAAUCUUGAUGUAACUCCAUAUCCUAAAAAAUUUUAAUUAUUCUAUCAAGAAGUAAUUUGUUCAAGAUUAAUCUAUAAUAUGAUAUAAUUUAUUUAGUUACCUUUUUGUAUUGUAAAUAGAUAUCAAUAUAAUAAGAUUUAUUUAUAAUAAAGUAGAAUUCCUUGUAUAAUAAUUAUUGAAGAAUUUCAAGAUAUUAAAACUUAUCUUUUAUAGAUUUACAUUCCAAAGUCAUGUAGAAGAUUCAUAACUAAUCUGCAUUUUAAUUAAAUAAAUACACUGAGUGAUAUGAGUUUGGAAAUAAUUAGUGAGAAUAGUUAAACACAAACAAAAAAAUAAGGGAAAUAGUGGUAAGAUUUAAUUAAAAGUUUUAAAUUUUCUAUGAAUUAAGAAAGAAAAUUAUUGUUAAAGAUAGAAAAGAUAUAAACUGAAUAAAUUUUAUAGGAAGUUCUAUGUUAUAAAAUUAAAUCAGUAAGGAAAACAAAGGAAGCAAUACUUUUUAAAAUGUUUGUUGAAUAUAAACGAAAAUAAGGAUUUGAAUACUCAAAUUUUCACUUCCCUAUGAAGAUAACCGAAGCAAAAGAUAUAAAUAUGGUGUUGCAAUUAUAAUGGUUAAAUUAAUAAGAUAAGAUAUAAUCCUAUAAAUUACCAUUAUAUGAAUAAUUAAUGGGAUAUUUUGAUAAAUACUUUCCUCAUAAAAAUAUCUUUGAUUUUAAAUUUAGGAUUAUAGAUUUGAUAAAAAUGAGUGAAAUUUAAGUAGAAAGCAUUUUAAUUAAUUAUUCUUUGAAUAUAGAGGCAUAAAAUAAUAAUUUAGAUUUUUAGAUGUCUCAUUAAAUUCAUAAAAAUGAAUGUCGAAUAAAAUUAAAUAUAAAUCUAAGAAUAUUAUAAAUUAAUAAAUCUGGAUUUAAACUUCUCUUUAGAGGUGUUUUGAUGGUAAAACCUUAAAUAUUAGUAGGAAUAUAUGAAAAAUAAUAAAAAACAAAAUUGUAUUUUUAGAUAUAACGAGUGAAUGAUGGCUAACAAUUUAUGUAUAAAGUUUAAUUUGAAGAUAUAGAUAAUUAAUUUCCAGGAUUUAAUUAGAAUUUGAAAAUGGAUCAAAGAGGAACAGGAGCUAAAAUUUUUAGAAUGUUCAGAAGAAAAUUGAUUUAUUAAUGUUAAUAUCAAUUAAAUUGA